UUUUUAAGUGUUUUUUCUAAAAAACAAAAAUCAAUUGUUGAUGCUUUGGAUGAUGAUAGGUCAAAACAGAUAAUUAAUAAUAGAAAAAGGCUUUUACCAAUCGUAGAAUGCAUAAUUUUAUGUGGCAAACAAGAAAUUGCUCUACGGGGACAUAGGGAUUUUGGCCCAAUUGACUUUACAUCAGCGUCAGCUAAAAAUGAAGAUUCACGUAAUAAAUAUUUAAGCCCUAGGAUACAAAAUGAAAUAAUAGCUAUAUGUGGUGAUAUAUUAUUAAAAAAAAUUGUUGAAAAAAUCAAUGCAUCCAAAUGUUUCUCAGUCUUGGCUGAUGAAACAACAGACAUUUCAGUUACAGAACAACUAACAAUAUGUGUAAGAUACUUAAGUGGAACGGGGAAUGAUGUACAAAUCAAUGAAGAUUUUAUCAUGUUUGUUGAGAUUCAUAGUUUAACAGGAGUUGAUUUAGCAUCUGCAAUUCUAAAUGGUCUCAAUGUUAGUGGUAUUAACUGUGAUUUUUUGUAUGGCCAAGGGUAUGAUGGUGCUGCAAAUAUGUCCGGGCAAUUUAAAGGAGUAAAAUCUAUUAUACAAGCAAAGUAUCCUAAGGCAUUGUACGUGCACUGUGUUGCCCAUUCCUUAAACUUAGCAGUAUCCUCUGCGUGUGAUUUACAACCAAUUCGAAAUUGCCUUGGGGUCAUUGAAAAAUUGUAUUGUUUUUUUAAUACACCUAAACGCAAAAAUGCACUUUUUGAAGCUAUUAGUAAUAGUGAUUUGAUACCAAGCAUAAAAUCAUUAAAACGAUUAUGUGCAACCAGAUGGAUUCAAAGGUAUGAUGCCGUUAAUGAUUUUGUUCAGUUAUUUCCAUACGUUGUAGUUUCAUUAGAAACUAUGUCAAGUUGGAAAGAUGUAACUGCAGUUGAAGCCAAUAUGUUAAGAAAUGCAAUGGACUCAGAAUUUCUUAUAUCAGUACAAAUUAUAAAGGUUUUAUUUUCAUAUGGGCUGCCAUUGUGCAAACAACUACAAAGCAAAGACAUUGAUUUAAAAGAAAUGGUUGGUUUAGCAGAAGAUAAUGUUAAUGCUCUUAAACAACUAAGAACUAAUAUUGAACCUGAAUUUAAAAAAAUAUUUGAUGAGGCUCAAAAAAUGGCUGAAGUUCUAGAUUUUCAAAUUGUAGUAAAAAGAAUAAACAAAAGGCAAAUAAACCGUGCUAAUCCAUCAUUAUCAUCCGAAGAACCAGAAGAUUAUUUUAGAGUUACUAUUUGUAUUCCUUAUAUUGAAUCAUUCAUAAAUCAACUAGAGCUCAGAUUCUUAGAGCACCAUAAUAUUUUUAAAGGUUUUUAUUGUUUAUUUGACAACAACGAAGAUUCUAAUGAAGCUGAUUUUGAAUCUCUCGUUUCAUUCUACUUGACUCAUAAUGAUUUGUCUACCACUCUUGGUGAACUUAAAAUGUGGAAGUUAAAACUUGCCCGUCUAAAUAUUAAACCAUCUAAUGGAAUUGAUGCAUUAAAACUUUGUAGUCCCGUGAUCUUCCCAAAUAUUCAUAUGUUAUUAAAAAUUCUAUGCACACUGCCGGUAUCAACAGCUACUCCAGAGAGAAUGUUUUCAAAUUUAAAAAGAGUAAAAUCUUAUUUGAGAAAUACUAUGAAAGAGGACAGAUUAAAUGGAUUGACCAUGUUGUCGGUAUACCGAAAUAUAAAUUUAACUCCUGAAGAAGUCAUUGAUGAGUUGGGACAAAAACCCAGGAAAAUAGACAUUGUUUUAUAAUGAAAAUAAAUAUUAGUUAAACGA